GUUUUUUAUGCCAAUUGAAUUUGUAUAUAUGUAGUUGGUUUUAAGUGGGAGGGAAGUUUAAUUUUUACGAAUAACAAUUGUGUCACCUCUCAGCUGUUUGCUAUAAAACCGAUCGUUCACGAUUGUAAAAGAAAUUUGUCAUACACAACAAAAAAAAAAAUUAUAAUAACUUAUUAGUUUUGUAUUUGUGUUUUAAAAGUAAUAAAUUUGAGUCAAUACUGUAAACGUUCUAUAGAACAGUUUAAAGGUUUAAACCUAACUAAUACCAAAAUUUUGGUUUUAUUGUUAAUAACUUCGUCACCGUUCACAACAAUAAAAUUCACAAUAGGUGCCAAUCAUCAAUAAAAGCACCGAGGUUAACAUUAUAUUUGACGUCUGCUCAGUCGAAGAUUUUCGUGAUCUAAAAAUUUAUAGUUCUUCUUGACCUGUGCAAAUCAAAUUUUAACAAAAUGAGGAUUCCAUUUGGCAAAAAGCAUGCUGAAAUCGCCACUUCCUUCGUCUCAUCGGCGGCAGGAUUUGGUGGCGCAGCGGGGCUUGCUUUACUCUACAUGACAGAUUGGAAAUUGGUGCUGCAAUACCUGCCAAUCUACAACACGAAAUUUGACAAAUCCGAAUAAACUGUUUGCUGCUAUUGGAAAAACAUUUACAUUUUUCGCUCUAUCCUUAUGUUGUUCAUAAAUCUAAAGUAACUUACAUUAUGCACGUAAUGUGUUCUAAAAUAAAGUAGUGUGGAAGUUUCAGUGAAAUGUACAAUGUACAGCACAAA